UGGCACCGAAAAGUCAUGGCCGGGAUGGUGCAUCUCGCCCUCUUCUCGCUCCUCUGGGGGGUCUGCGAGGGGGUAACCGGCUCUCGGGUAUACCCCGCCAAUGAAGUUACCUUGUUGGAUUCCAGAUCAGUUCAGGGUGAGCUUGGGUGGAUAGCAAGCCCGUUGGAAGGAGGGUGGGAAGAAGUGAGCAUUAUGGAUGAGAAAAAUACUCCAAUCCGCACUUAUCAAGUCUGCAAUGUGAUGGAGCCAAGUCAGAACAAUUGGUUACGAACUGAUUGGAUUCCCCGUGAAGGGGCUCAGAGGGUAUAUAUUGAAAUCAAGUUCACACUAAGAGACUGCAACAGCCUGCCAGGUGUCAUGGGGACUUGCAAAGAGACUUUUAACCUUUACUACUAUGAGUCAAGCAAUGAUAAGGAGCGCUUUAUUCGGGAGAGCCAGUUUGCUAAGAUUGAUACAAUUGCUGCUGACGAGAGUUUCACACAGGUGGACAUUGGCGACAGGAUCAUGAAACUCAAUACUGAGAUACGUGAUGUGGGGCCAUUGAGCAAGAAAGGAUUUUAUCUGGCUUUCCAGGAUGUAGGGGCUUGUAUUGCCUUGGUGUCUGUCCGUGUCUUCUAUAAGAAGUGUCCAUUGACGGUCCGCAACCUGGCCCAGUUUCCAGACACAAUCACUGGGGCUGAUACGUCCUCUCUCGUGGAAGUUCGUGGCUCAUGUGUCAACAAUUCUGAAGAGAAGGAUGUGCCAAAAAUGUACUGUGGGGCAGAUGGUGAAUGGCUGGUACCCAUUGGCAACUGCCUGUGCAAUGCUGGGUAUGAAGAGCACAGUGGAGAAUGCCAAGCUUGCAAGAUUGGAUACUACAAGGCCCUUUCGACAGAUGUUGCCUGUGCUAAAUGCCCGCCUCACAGCUUCUCCAUCUGGGAUGGCGCUACCUCUUGCACCUGCGACCCAGGCUUUUUUCGAGCAGAAAACGAUGCUGCCUCCAUGCCCUGUACUCGCCCUCCAUCUGCCCCCCAAAACCUGAUUUCUAAUGUCAAUGAAACAUCAGUCAACUUGGAAUGGAGCCCUCCUCAGAACAAAGGUGGCCGUGAAGAUGUUUCCUACAAUGUGGUAUGCAAGAGAUGUGGGGCCAGUGACUUAAACCGCUGUCGGUCGUGUGGUAGCGGUGUACACUUCAGCCCUCAGCAGAAUAGUUUGAAAACCACCAAAGUUUCCAUUACUGACCUUUUGGCACAUACAAACUACACCUUUGAAAUAUGGGCAGUGAAUGGAGUAUCCAAGCAAAAUCCAAGCCCAGACCAGGCCGUGUCUGUCACUGUGACAACUAACCAAGCAGCUCCAUCUCAGAUUGCUUUGAUCCAGGCAAAAGAAAUAACAAGGCACAGUGUGGCAUUGGCCUGGCUGGAACCUGACAGGCCAAAUGGAGUCAUCUUGGAGUAUGAAGUAAAAUAUUAUGAAAAGGAUCAAAAUGAGCGUAGCUAUCGCAUUGUGAAAACAGCAGCCAGAAACACAGAUAUCAAAGGCUUGAACCCUUUGACUUCGUAUGUCUUCCAUGUGAGAGCAAGGACAGCAGCUGGAUAUGGAGACUUCAGUGGACCGUUUGAAUUCACAACCAACACAGUUCCGUCUCCCAUCAUUGGUGAAGGUACUAACCCCACAGUCCUUCUGGUCUCCGUGGCUGGCAGCGUUGUCCUUGUGGUCAUUCUCAUCGCUGCCUUUGUCAUCAGCAGGAGACGCAGCAAAUACAGUAAGGCCAAGCAAGAAGCAGAUGAGGAGAAGCAUUUGAACCAAGGUGUUAGAACAUAUGUGGACCCCUUUACAUAUGAGGACCCUAACCAAGCAGUGCGGGAAUUUGCCAAAGAAAUCGAUGCGUCCUGCAUAAAAAUUGAAAAAGUCAUUGGUGUUGGAGAAUUUGGUGAGGUCUGCAGUGGUCGCCUGAAGGUGCCAGGCAAGAGGGAGAUCUGUGUUGCUAUCAAGACACUGAAAGCAGGAUACACAGACAAACAAAGAAGGGACUUCUUGAGUGAAGCAAGCAUCAUGGGACAAUUUGACCAUCCCAACAUCAUCCACUUGGAAGGGGUGGUGACUAAAUGCAAACCUGUCAUGAUCAUAACUGAAUACAUGGAAAAUGGAUCUUUGGAUGCUUUUCUCAGGAAAAAUGAUGGCAGAUUUACAAUAAUCCAGUUGGUAGGGAUGCUUCGGGGUAUUGGUUCUGGAAUGAAGUACUUGUCCGACAUGAGCUAUGUGCAUCGAGAUCUGGCUGCUCGAAAUAUACUAGUAAACAGCAAUUUGGUGUGCAAAGUUUCAGACUUCGGCAUGUCCCGAGUUCUUGAAGAUGACCCUGAAGCUGCCUAUACUACUAGGGGUGGAAAGAUUCCCAUCAGGUGGACCGCACCAGAAGCAAUUGCCUAUCGUAAAUUUACAUCAGCUAGUGAUGUCUGGAGUUAUGGAAUUGUCAUGUGGGAAGUGAUGUCCUAUGGAGAGAGACCUUAUUGGGAUAUGUCCAACCAAGAUGUUAUCAAAGCCAUUGAAGAAGGGUAUCGGUUGCCACCCCCAAUGGACUGUCCCAUCGCUCUCCAUCAACUGAUGCUGGACUGCUGGCAGAAGGAACGCAGUGACAGGCCUAAAUUUGGACAGAUUGUCAACAUGCUAGACAAACUCAUCCGCAACCCCAACAGCUUGAAGAGGACAGGCUCAGAGAGCUCCAGGCCUAAUACUGCUUUGCUGGAUCCAAGUUCUCCUGAAUUCUCAGCUGUAGUUUCUGUUGGUGAUUGGCUCCAGGCUAUUAAGAUGGAGCGAUACAAGGAUAAUUUCACAGCUGCCAGCUAUACUACUCUAGAGGCUGUGGUGCAUAUGAACCAGGAUGACCUGGCAAGAAUUGGAAUUACUGCCAUUGCACACCAGAAUAAGAUUCUGAGCAGUGUCCAGGCAAUGAGGACCCAAAUGCAACAAAUGCACGGCAGAAUGGUUCCUGUUUGAGCCAGUACUGAAAAAACUCAAACUCUUGAAAUUAGUUUACCUCAUUCAUGCACUUUAAUUGAAGAACUGCACUUUUUUACUUCUCCUCGCCGUUUGAAAUAAUAAUUAAAAAAAAGAUUUGCAGCAUUGAUUGAUAUAUAAAGUUUGCUGAGAACGUUGCGGGGAGGGACCCACGGAAAUGACAUCCCGUCAUUUGAAAACAGACCUGGAACAAAUUGUUUCUUGGAAUAUACUUCUACAUGGAUCAACAUUAUAUAAUAUACAUGUAUCUAUAUAACAUCACAUACAAGUUCUGAUGUGUUUGCUGCCAGAUACUGUGUGUGAAUGAAGGAAAGUACUAUUGUUCCCUCAACAGCCUUUGGGAUUACAAUCAUUGUGUCUGUUUUGCGGAAUACACAACAGCAGUUCAUCUUUCACUGGAAUGAAGAAUCUUCUCAACCAGAAAAGGUUGACAUAUUCUGGGCAUCAGUGGUACUUUGCAGACACUUUGAAGGCAGACACCCUUUGGCUGACUCGUGCCUGUCACACACAGAUUUACCCACCUGCAAGCUGAGGCAGAGAGCAACCUUCAUGGAUUACUGGAUUUGGGGAGGUUGUGGUAUUGGCUGUUGUGCUGCCACAUGGAGUUUUAUCUCUGUCUUCAUUUUUGAAAAUAUCAGUCAGCCAUUCUUGACUAUGGAUCUUCCAGACUUGCAUCCUUUUGCCCUUGUAAGAGACGUUUGCUUGUGCACCACUGAAAAGUAUGAAAAAUGGAUCCUGCUUCCUUGGAUGCUAUUCCUGGUGCCCAUGUUAACCUUUGAGGAUAAAAGACCAGAGGCAAAGCUUUCCAAAAUUCCAUUGCUCCAGUUUCCUUAGCAGUGACUGUAGACAAGAUGGACCGAGAAUACUCUUCCUGAAAAGCAUAUCUCUGGUUUUCUUCUUCUUUUGGAAUUCUGUUAUCAGCAACAAGAACAAAAGAUGGCGUAGUCCCAGCACAUUCUUUUUUCAUUGUUACUUGAGGAAUGUACUGUAUCAAAGCUCUACAGAUUUCUCUUUCCUCACUCGGUUUACUUUUUAAAAAAUGGGCCUCUUCUUUUUCUGCAUGUCACUGCUGCAUUUGUAUGAGUGCCACUGGUGGCAAAGCUCAGCAAGUCAGGAUCAUGGACACUUGGGUUAGGUGCCAUAUAGCACAGAACUCCAUUUAUAAAAGCAUAUGACGGUCAAGUGAUUCUUUACAGAAAAUGUGCCAUUGUGGUAAUACCAAUAUUUUUAAUAGAAUGGAAAAUAACUUAUUAUCUCUUCCAGGAUGUGUGAGAGUAUGUUUGGCUUUUGUGUGCAUGAAUGUGUGGGUGCGCAUGCACACGUGUGUGCUUCGUGUGUUGCCUGUUGCACAGGAUCACCUGUGAAUAUGCUGAUAGCAUCUCAAGAUAGUUCAACAGGUUGUCAUUGAGCUGUUGAGUUACUAGGCCAGUAGGUGAGCUAUGCAACAGAAGCAAGAAAACACACACAAUCUGAAUGUUACAGUUCUGUAUCUAUUCAUGUAUUAUAUAGCUGCCACACUAACCUUAACAAAUGGUUCUUCAGCCUAGAGCAGGGGCACCUUCACCUGCAUUGUGGAGUGAUCCAUAGUAAGUUCCAAAAUGGUAAUAAAUAAUUCCAUCAAUAACCAUUAGUCUCGUUGAGGCCUGUGCAUUACUGAAGCAGCAGUACUUUAAGGAAAAGUAGGUGGAGAUGAAGUCUUCAUCCAUCAGCAAGUUGUUUUUAACUGAACCAUUAAAUAGCAUUUUUUCUUCUGAAAGAAACAGGCUUUGAAAGACUUGUUGAAUGCAAACAAAUAUGCAAUUCUUAUGCAUUCAUAUAAGUAAAUUCUUCAGUGGGCCACCUGCGAGGACUUUUGGGCCUCAUCAAUUAAUGUUGAGAAAACUAUUCUGUUUUGUUCCCCAGUUAAAUACUAGAGAGCAGAGACUUGGAGGGUUAGGACGAGGUUUGCAACAACAAUUGUGUUCCUAGCAAGCUACACAAGACUGCACUAAAAAUUACAGCGGUAAUGACCUACUGGUCCUACCUAGGAAAGUUUACAGCAUCUGGAGAGUUCACUGUUAAUUUUCUGUGUAUUGUUCUUGGAGGCAAGCUGCAUACUAGAGUCUAGGGAAUGGACUGCCAUUCCACAUUUUGAGCUCAGCAGUUGAUGUGCUCGACCUGCUUUCUGGUUUCAAUGGACUCCUUUCUGCUGAGAUACUGCUCAGCACAGCAGGCUGAAAUAGGACAAUCAAACCAACAUGCCUGGGGGGGGACUGCAUUAAAAUGUUCAGCACUAAAUGAGGCCCCCAUAAUAGUAUUUCAGGAUUACUUAUCAUUCUUGCCUCUCCCCGCCCCCUUUGCCAUUUUUAAGAUUAUAUUAAUUGGUCUGAUGAACAAGAAAUUUAAAAUGAAUAUUCCCAGGCUUGUGUAGUUGUGCAGAUGGCAGGAUACAGCAGUGUCACAAGACCAGAAGGAACUGUGUGCACGUUGAACCCAGCAAGUUUGAAUUGCAGAGUAAUGACUAAAUGGAGCUUGGAUUUUUGUUUAAAGGCACCCAAGAACAACAAAUGAAUGCAGGACUGGCCUCAAUUUCUUUCUGGCUACAGAAGACACAUCAACAGGACUCGCUAACACAGCAAACCUCUGUACAUUAGGAAAUCGUUCUGUUCACAGCCCCACCGGUUAAUGUUUGUCCAGGUUUCUUGCUGUAUUAACUUUGUGAUGGAUCUAUGUAUUAAAUAUAUAUAUAUAUAUAUAUAUAAAUAUAUAUAUGUAUAAAAAAGCUGGUUCUUACCAGUAGAUGGGACUUCGAAGCAGUAUUUUUCUUUUACGUGACAUUUUCAUAACCAGAAAAAAGCAUCCUGAAUACUAAUUAGACAGAUUUAAAAAGAAGAGAGUGCAUUUAUUUUUUUGUAUCACUACAAGUAUGUUGGAAUAUGCAAGGACUCUGGUUUUAAAAAAAUAGAAUGUAUGAGGCAUAUGAUAAUUUAGUCCAUACUGAAAAAAAAAAUCUUAACAGUGCAUUGUUUGGUUCGCAGAUCUGAAUGAUCUCUUGAUUAGAAACAUAGUUUUUUUUCUAUUUUAUUUUAAUUUGUCAUUUCCCCCUUUCCAUCAGUCUUAGGUACACAUAACUUAUGUCAUUUAUUUAUGGUCUUUUAUACCUAGUUUGUAAAAUUGUAAAAUAGCAAACUAAAUGCAAAUGUUUGCAUUUGAAAAUAAUAAAGUAGUUGCUGUACAAAUUUCAAA